AUGCCCUCGACCUUUCGCUGCCCGAGCUCGACCGAGUGCUUGGACGAGCUCAAGGACCUCAUGGCCAACCUCGAGCUCAAGGACGUCCCUGUUGUGGUACAGGCUGAGCGCCCGCUGCAAUUUCUGUUCCUCGGUUCGACGCUUGGCGACUUUGAGCGCGAGGACGCCCCGCCAUUCCUCAGGCAGCUUCCUCUGCGCCCUGGCGACACGCCUUUACUCGGCCUGGACGGACCGCCGGUCCCCGGACCCGAAGGGUGCAACAAGGUCGAGCUAGCAUACAAUGAUUCUACCGAGUACAACUGGGCUUUUGUGGGGAACGCGUGGGACGUAGUCCGCGCCGAGCUUGGCCUUGUCCCCGAUCACGAAGGGAUCGAGGUCACGGGGCGCUACAACGAAAUCAUGGGCUGCUACUAG